CCAAUUUAGUGAUAUGACAUGAGUUGUUGGGGGGGCUUUCGACGUGACAUGGCUUACAAGUGCAAUAAGCGCCGAAGCGGAGGGUGAAAAGAGUGAUACUUUUUUUUUUCGGCGGGAAAAUGACUGGAAAAGGAGCGAAAGGUCUGAUAAUGGGGAAACCCAGCGGCAACGACAAGGACAAAGACAAGAAGAAACCAACUACUCGCUCUUCUCGUGCUGGUCUUCAGUUUCCAGUUGGAAGAGUCCAUAGACUGUUGAAAGGUAGGUCAACUGCUCAUGGACGUGUUGGAGCGACCGCAGCGGUUUACACAGCCGCCAUUUUGGAGUAUCUGACCGCAGAAGUCUUGGAGCUCGCUGGAAACGCUAGCAAGGAUCUCAAAGUGAAGCGUAUCACACCAAGGCACUUGCAGCUCGCUAUCCGUGGUGACGAGGAGCUCGAUACUCUCAUCAAAGGAACUAUUGCUGGUGGUGGAGUCAUUCCGCACAUUCACAAGUCUCUCAUUAACAAAUCUGGCAAAGAAUAAGAAGCCUUUUUUUUGUUUUCUCUACCAUUCCCUAUAAUCCCUCUAUCUCUGUAUCUCGGACCUCCUUUUCUGUAAUAACAGUCGUGUGUAUGUUAAGACAUUAGUAGAGAAACUCUUAGGAUUGUUUGUUUGUUGUUUAAGGACCCACCUGUGUGUGACUUGUUUCUCCUU